UCUGCCCAUACUCUACAAAGGUGCUAUUUUUCUUUUUAGCCAAAGAAAAUUCAUUUCAUUCUGCUAAACUCACGAAGUAAAAAUGGCAUUUGGUGAUUAUCCAGCGGAAUAUAAUCCAAAAAUCCAUGGACCUUACGAUCCAGCACGCUAUUACGGCAAAGCUGAUGUCCCAUUGGCCCAAACCAAAAUUGGGGAAGUUGGAGCAUGGAUCAGCCGUAGGAAUAAGACUCCAUCGGCUAUUGCUGGAGCCAUGAGCCGUGCUUGGUGGCGUUGGCAACACAAGUAUGUCCAACCCAAGAGGGCUGGAAUUGCACCCUUCUUCCAGUUGACUGCUGCAUGCAUGAUCUUCUUCUACACCAUCAACUACGGAAAGAUCAGGCACCACAGGAACUACAAGUACCACUAAUCGCUUUUCCAACACCAAUUGGGAUUCCGCAUUUUGAAUAUGAACGAAAAAAAGUUUAUGAAUAUCGAAAAAAAAUUGCAAAUGUAAUCCCAAAAACAAAAAAGAGAAAAACUUUGUCGUUAAAUUGUUUCCAGGCAGAAGAAUUAAUUUAGAAAAUAAAGAAUAAUUGCCAUUCGA